GCUACGUAGUUUCCGUUUCCGGCACAUGGGCGUAGCCAAAAGGAGGCUUCUUUGCCGCGUUGUUGUUCUUCUUGUUAUAUGGCCGCCUAAAAGCUUUUUAAAUAGGCCAAUUUCGCAUCUCUUUUCCUACGCAGUUUGGUUUCCCCUUCUUGCAAUGGAAACCUUCAAGGACCUCCUGCAAAUCAACCAUCACGUUUUAUACAGCGCGACUGCGUUUGUGGCCGGUGGCGCGCUCAUCUACAAGCUUGCUAAUAGGAAAAAGCCAUUGAAUGUUACAGUAAACUGCUGGUUCUGCAACCAGGACACUGUAGUUCCAUACGGUAAUAGGAAUUGUUGGGACUGUCCCAGCUGUGACCAGUACAAUGGUUUUCAGGACAAUGGGGACUACAACAAACCCAUCCCAGCGCAGUACACGGAGGAUCUCAACCACGGGGUGUUUGGAAGCAUUCCUACCCAGGUGACUCUUGGUACCAUGCAGUGGGUCAACUCUAAGAUGCUCAUUUGCAGGAAGUGCAAUCACAACCAAUCAACUCAGAUCAAACUGUUGGCCUCUUUCAUCCCAAAGGAUGACGCGAACUAUGAUGAGGAGAUUGAUGCUUAUAAGUGUCACUUGGAGGAGCAGUACAAGCUUUGCAGGCCCUGUCAGGCAGCAGUGGACUACUACAUUAAAUAUCAGAACCGCCAGCUUCGAACUGUACUGCUCAGCAAUCAUCUUAGAUGCACACAAGAGUCGCUGAAGGGCAUCAUAAAGGGCUCCCUCUCUGCAUCCUGUCCUCUGGCGGUUGUGCUGCUCCGAUGCCUCUCCUUCCUCAUUUGUGCUUUCCUGCUUGGCAUGUCUUACACAGCCGACCGGCAGCUGUCAAGCACCGGGCAGAGUCCUCUCCAACCUGGCGUCCGCAAUGUUUCCGCUGCCAACGAUGACAGUGAAGAAGAUGGACAUGUGUGGCAGAGCCUGCUGGAGCUCCUCCCAGAUACACUUGUAGAGUACGCCAAACUCUCAUGGCUCUUGGGACGAGCUAAUCAGAUGGCAGUUGUUUGUGUCGGCCUGUCAUCGUGUCUCCUUGGUCUUUUAUUAGCAGGAGCCGGCAGGCUGAGGAGAAUCGACAUAGUGUCCUUGGUGCUGUGGUUCCUGGUUUUGUGUUGGCACCUGCUGGCAGUGUACAUCCAGGGUGACGCAUCCAGCUGUACCGGCACACACGUUACCACAGUACUCUGUUGCCUCAUCAGCUUUGCCGCCGCUGUAGCGACGCGUAACCCUCUGAGUCACCGAAGAGGCAGAUAUCGAAGAAGCCUGACUGAUUCCUCCAUGCGCUCCCUAAGCAAUCAGCCCGCUUUGCUCACGCCCCAAAUGAUCCGCUCCUUCAUCCCUUCUCCUCCCCCCAACAUCGCCAAGCUCAUCAACCACCAAAAGACUCCUGCGAAACUGAAGGGCCCGCUGUCCUCUCUGCCAUGCCGUCUCAAGAACGCCCUCUGCCUUGGCACCGUCUCCACUUUCACGAGGACAGAUUCAGGCUACUUGUUCAGUGGAAGCAGACCAGCCUCAGUCUACAAAGAUUCCCCUCCCUCAGACUACUUUUCAAUGAAGUCGUGUAGUCGCCCAUCAUCGCCCGGGUUCUCGCCGACACCUUCAGUAGAUGGCUUUUCGACAUCCAGCGCUGGUUCAGACAGACAGAAUCGCCCUCUCAUCAGCCCAGCUCGUCUCAACCUUGGCAGCCCCAAACGGAAUUUACAUUCCGCCAAGACUGAGUCGGGUUUCAAGGCCCCGCUGGUGUCCUCAUCACAUGUUCUCCUUGCGGACCAGACUUCCAUUUACAGUGGUCGGAUUUCACCAGACAUAGCCCUCUUCCCGAGCCAGAGUGAUUUGACUUCACUGCAUGAAGAUGACAGCGGUGUGAAGGAAAAAGCGAGCAGCACGUCUGGGUCUUUAACUUCUCUGGUUGACACAACAGCGAUGGCACAGAACAGCCUCUUAUCCCAAAAUAGGACGUGGUGGGUUUGGAUGGUGCUUUUGUUUAUCAGCUUGAGCACUAACUUCCUGUUUGCCGCACUGUGGAUGUCCUACAACUGGAAAUGAACAAGGGGGCGGCUGCUCCUGGUGCAUGAGGUUGUCUUUAUUAGCUGAGAAAGACAAACGUUGGCAACUGACUUGCAGAAUAACCAACACCGUGACUCUUGUUUGAAGAGUUGGGUGGCAGAUUGCGUGUGGGGGUCUACUUGAAGUACAUGGACACCAGUGUCGUGAUGUGCAAUAAUAUGCUGUUCACUGGACACUUCUCAUAUGAACUCUAAUGCAAAGAUUUUACAUAUUGCGUAUCCCUUUUUCUGGAUCACCAAAUUUAAUGUUCCAGAUUACGGUGACCGGGUUAAACGUUAUUUAUGGUCACUACUUAUGCCAAACAUCCACUACUGUGGUUUGAUUAUGAAUGCUGAAAAGUUUAAAAAAAAAAAAAAAUUUACAGUACAUAUUUAUUUGCAGUAGUAAGUCGCUACAUGCGGAUUCACCUAUUUAUUACUCCUUUCUUUUUCUUUCUUUUUUGAGGAAUCUAAUGUAUGUUAUUUGCUGAAAAAAUUAACUUUGGUGUUUUUCUACUCGGGCCAAAGCCUUAUCAAAUGUUAUAGUUUUUUUUUAUUAUAACCAUCUUGUGACAUUUUGAAGCCAUGGAACUAUUUUUAAUUUAGCAUUUUUUUUUAUGCUGCCCUGGUUUUCACGUGGAUAAAUGUCUGCCAUGCUGAAACAUCCAUGCUUGAAGUCCUAUUUUAAAAAAGUUUACUGUAUUUAAAAUUUUAGUCAUUCUUUUAAAAGGAAAUCUUUGUUGACAAAGCAAAUAUUGAUGACUCAUUUAAAAUAUCCCGUUUUAUAAUGGUAAAGACGAAUAGCCUCAUGAAAGUCUUUGGAGUUCACAAUUUGUGUUACCCUUUAAACAGUGUGGAUAAAUGAUCCCAAUUACUCAUUAAACUCAAUAAAUUUGAGACUCUUAACACAUUUGUACAUAUUCACAUCUCAGAAUAAAUUUUUCUGUCUGCUAUUGUGUGAAUCCAAAAUGGCUGCCACAUCCUGGCACUUCAACUCACAGAUGCCUCUGGUAUACUGCAAAAACAUAAUGAGGCCCUCUCCUGUGUCAUCAACCAUAAAAGUAGUUUUGUUUGACGAACAAAGACUGUUUUGUAAAGAACUUUCCCAACACCCCCCAAAUUUUUUUUUGGUCUUAAAUUUUGUGGAAAAAGCGUUACUAAAAAUGUGAAUCAAUGGGAGCAAAUUCCUAUGUAUCCAAACAUUGAAUUAGCUUGUUCAGAAAACUUGUUACUCAAGUUAAACUCCAUUCUGGGGCCCGAGCAGUAAAGACAUUUUGAUAUUAUGUAAAUCUGGGGGGAAAAAAAAUCUUCUUGGAAGCAAUUAUAACUUCACUGAAUUAACAACUGCCAAUAAUUAAAAUACUCAUAUCAGGUUUAUUUUUUUAAGUUUUUAUUUUUUGAAAUUCAGUGGGUCUUGUCUUUUGGCCCACUAUAUGGAACUGACCCAUAUUUGAAACCCCGCUUGAGAUGACUAAUUUCACAAAUUGCUCACGGUAGUCGUCUCUUCUCUCUCUCUCUCUUUUUUUUUUUUUUAAACUUAGCCACAAUUGAGACUGCCUCUUCCUCUCCACGGUUGUACGUACGCUUGUAAGUCUGUUGACGCAUAAUGUGUCGUGACGACGUGCAGUGUUGUUAAGAAGAACCGGUAACAUUGGAGGUGUACAAUUCUGAUACAAUCUUAGUUGCAACUAGUUCUUGGUUUUCACUCUUCCAGGAAACUAUGUUGAAAUUAGAGGUAGCCCUUCAUUUCGACGACUCUUAGCAAUGUCUAACAGAUAAGUAGUGCUUUACCACCACGUUGUGGCAUCUAUAGGGAAUGGACCUUUCCGAUGGUGAUCUUAAGCCGACUCCUUACCUAUGUCCCACAAGCUUUCAAAAUGGCAAUUGAACAGAACAAGUUUGAAGUCUAUUCUCUAUUGUGUAUUCCAGAUAAUAUUGGGGUAUGUUUUUUGCCAAAUGUGUCAGACUUGUCCAAGAGAGUUCUACAGAGAGGUCUCAACUAUUUCACCCAAGGAUAUGUCCACGGAAUUAAGAUUUUGGACAGAGCAGGAUGCGAUGUCAGAGUUACAGCGAAAUGUUGGCGUUCAAUGCAAAUAAGUUUGACGCCUCACAAAUUUCAUAUUGAAAUCCAACGGGAUAGUGGAAUCGUACUGCGCUUGUAAAGCAGGGUGAGUACUUUUUACUUGGCAAGAUCACGAGUAAUAUCAAAGUACUUUAUAAGUGAGUGGGUGUAAUCAUUUAAUUUGGCCCGUAAUGGAACACAGGGCUGUCUUAAAAGUCUAAUGCGAUACAAAUAGGCAAAUAGACAUUUCUCUUGCAUGACAUAGCACAUUUAGUAUCACUAACCCGACUCUUCUGCAUAAAAUGUGACACACUUCAUUCAGCAGGUCAGUCAUACACUAACAAAGUGAAAGUUGUUCUACUGCAAUGUAAAAAGCACCGAUAAUAAUGAAACUAAACUCAGAGAAGAUACUUCUCCCUCACUUCCCUUCAAACAUUCAGCCUUCUGUUUGUUGAUAUUGUCCACACUUAGUUGUACGCGCUCUCUUACGCUAGCCUUAAUCCAUCGAAGAUACUUCGUCAACUGUGUUUUAGGCUUUGGAAAAUUAAUCAACCGGGCCCCUUAUAACCUAGCAGGCUAUCUUUCAUCAGAAUUGUACGUUCCCCAAGCGCAUCUGAAGAUCAUUUUCUUCGUAACAUUGACUUUUCCAAGCGCACGCUACUGACAACCAGCAUUGCUUGUGGGACAAUAUGGCGAGAGGGCCGUGUCAAGCCAGGGGUUAAGACAAUCGGGCUAUCUGAUUAGCUAUUAUUGUAUGAGUGGUUGACAGGUCGCAAAGGCCCUUUUUUGGGUUAUCUAUAACUCUUAGUUCCGUGAUUCUUUUUGGUGCUUUGUUUGUUACCCCGUGAGUGGAGGGAAAUGAUGUUUGACUAAACUGGCAAGUGUUGUCAUGCACCUGUCAGCUGCAAUAAAUAUUUCAUGCAAGGAUCUCUGGUUUGUUUAUUCGACCCCCGUUUAUGCAUGGGAAUGAGCAAGAGUUGUCGGUCUUCAAAGUGAUCUGAACACAAGUUGAAAUGACUUAAAACCACUGAUGCUGAACUUUCAGUUAUGAAUGAAGUUGCUCAUUAUUUCCUUUUCUUGAAUAAAAGUAAUAACUUGGACUGAAAUAUCUGCAAUGCAAUUUAUGUUUGUGAAUAUUGGUGAUUCAACACUGCUGUAACCUUUAAAUGUCAAAGUAUCCUGUGUGCAUUUCUUCCCAUAAGUUUGCUUUUGUUUCUAUAAUUUACAUAAUGAAAUGUAUUAGUGACCCUUCACUGAAAGGAAUUGAAUCAUGUUACAAGGAUUUUUCACAAUAUUUACAAUUUUGUUGAAAGCUAAUUUUUGUCUUAGUGUCUAGGAUUUUUGUAUAC